GGAAUUAAAUCUGAUAUCAUCAUCACUCAGAUUCCUUCUUCGCCUUUCCAAAGUCUCAGCCGGCCUCUCUUUCUACCUUUCUGACUGUGUUAUAUAUACUUCUAUAUUUAUAGCUUAAAUUGGUCAUCUUUUUCCUCAGAUUAUCCACCACCACCAAUAAUUCAAUCUUCACAUCCCACAAAUGGACAAACGCUUCAAGCUUCGAUUCUCUCUCUUUUCAUUCCAAUUCUGUCGUCCCAAACACCCUUCUUCUUUCCCAAAAAGUCCAUUGCCACCAUCAACCUUACUCUUCUCUCCGCGCAACCCUAAAUCAUUCGACAUCUCUUUUCCUUCCUUCAAAUAUCCAAACCCACCACCAUCCACGCCAAAUCAACAUUCAUUCAAUCUACAAUCAUCGCCUACACCCCAUAUCGAAUCACCGGCUUCCGGUGGCUCCGACGGCCAAACAUGGCCGAGUAAGGAUGCAAGCUCCAAGAAUGAGAGUGAGACAAACCAGAAGAAGAAAGAGGAAAAUCAUGAAGAUUUAGAUUAUUCAUUGAAGAAGCCCAUUAAGCUGAGAAGUAGAAGAAAACAUAAUAAAACUAAUGUUUUACAAAAGACACGGUCAUCGGGAAGUGUGUCUCCGGCGAGUAAGCCUAUUGUGAGGCGGCAAGCACCGCUGGCGAUGGUGGAGGGGAAAGCGACGGAGAGCUUUGCGGUGGUGAAGAGGUCGGAGGACCCAUAUGAGGAUUUCAAGAGGUCGAUGUUGGAGAUGAUAUUGGAGAAACAGACGUUUGAGGCCGAUGAUUUGGAGCAGCUCUUGCUGUGUUUUCUCUCUCUAAAUUCGAGGGAAUAUCAUGGAGUUAUUGUGGAAGCCUUCUCCGAGAUUUGGGAGCUCUUGUUCCAUAAAUCUCCAUAGUUUCCACUUAUGAGUGUUCUUGUGGAUAUUUGUGGUUGAAUAAGGUGCAUGAUAGAAGAAGGUUAAUAUACCACCUUUUAAUUUCAUUCAUAUUUUGUUUCAAUUCUUGUUGUGGACCUCCAUGCUUAAUUUUUAGAGGGAUGUGUAUACUAUGUGUUGAUUUAAACAAAUAAAUAAAUAAAAUAAAACAGAGUAUUACUAUUUCUGGGCUUGUGAGAAAAGUUUAUUGGAUUGCUUUUUUUACUUUAUUAUAUGGAAAUUGGUAUCUCAAUUCCCUUAAAAAAGAAAAAGAAAAAAAAUAAAAGAAAUUGAUAAUCCAAAAUGGGUGUGUGAAUAGGGUGUUCCUGUGUUUCUGCCAAUGGUACGUCUAUGCUUAAUUUUUAGAGGGAUUGUGUAAACUCUGUGUUGAUUUAACCAAAAAAAUAAAAUAAAAAUUGUAUUACUAUUUGUGGGUAUACUCUGUGUUGAUUUAAUAAAAAAUAAAAAAUAAUUAAAUAAUUAAAAAAAAAAAAAAAAAAGAGAGAA